AUGGCUUUUUUUAGAAGAUUAAGUCUCGAUGCUGUCAAAGAGUCGCUUUAGUACAAAUUUCUAAGUUAAAUCCACUUCCAGUAAAAAAAGGAAAGCUUUGAGAAAAACAAGGUCAUUUAAAUUGUCAAAUUUCUUAAGAGUUGUGACAUUUUUGCACAAUAUCCAAUAAAAAACUUGUAAAAACUAGCACUAGUCUUUGAUGAAAUUCAUGUGAACAAAGGGAAAACAGUAUAUUCAGAAGGCGAAGAUGUGGAUGGAUUUUAUUUGAUAUACAGUGGAGAAUUCCAAAUUCAAAAAACAUUAAAUGAAAAGGAAAAAGAUAGAAAAGCCAAGAUACAACUCAAUUUACCUUAGAAGAUUAUUAUGAAAAGAAAAAUAUUUAAGGAGAAGUUGAAAAAAAAUGGAACUCAAAUAUAAACCACUGUUAAUUAGUCGCUAAUUUAGCUAGAUCCUUACAAAAAAGCAAUAGAAGAUCAUAGAAAUGAAGAGAUUAAUACAAAAUAAAAAAAGGAUGAAGCCAUUAAACUAUUAAACUUGACGAAUCCAGAAAUGAAGAGAGUAGCCAAGAAGUUUAACCAUUAAAAAUUUAAGGUAUAUUUUGAUACUGAACCCGACAAAAUCAAAUUAUAUAAAUCUAUUCAAAAAAAGAAACGAGAACUUGAAGAGUUAAGUCUCAAAAAGGAGCAAGAUUAAUUGUAGAGGGUGUAUAACUAAAAGCUUGCACUAUCUAAAAGCAACUCAAGGGAAAGUGUUGUUUUAAAUCCACCUAUUCUUCAUAGUUACAUUAGCAGAAGUUAAGAAUCUAGUCAGAGCCCCGAUAAUAAGCUAAAUUUAAUGAUGAGGAAAGCAAUGAUCAGCAAACUUAAGGAUGCCAUUAACUUCAUGGAUCAGUAAACUAAACAGUAGGGUCUAGACGACUCUCAGUGCUCUAGAAAUUUAUUGGUGCUCGAUGAAACUGAUACUAGAAUGGCAAUGCUUUCUACCAAUACGAAUACAGUUAGGCAGACAAUGUAGAAAUUUUUACUGAAGAAGAUAAAAAGCACACCAGCUGAACUAGAGUCAAACAUAAAUAAAACUUAAAAAACUAAGCCUUAGGCAUUUUAUUAAACUAUGUAUGGAAUGAAACUUAACAAAACAAUUUCACAGCAAGAAAAUAUAAAUAAAAGCUUCAAUAGAACGUAAAAGUUGAUGAAUCAAACUCCAAAUUUACCCCCAAGACCACAGACUCAUAUUGAUGUUAAGACUAAAGCCAAAAGAAUAGAAACUUCUAAUUCAAUGAAUCGAAGUAUGAAGUAACCUCCAAAGCCUAGUAAAGUCCAGUAGUAAAGUUUUAUGAAUAACAAUAGCUGGUCUCGAGUGUUUACUGAGUCUAACAGUCGUAAAAGCUCUUGUAAGGAAAUUAAUAUUGAUAAAGAGAUAAGUAAGCUAGAAAGAGCCCAAAGUUCUCUGGAAAGAUUAAUCAUGUUGGGUUAAUAUGCUCCUACCUAAGAGGUAUUUACUAAAGUAGUCACGUAGAAUUCAAUGAAUGAAGAAAUUAAAAAUAUGUAGCUAGAUUCUGUUUCUACAACUCAUGAAAAUCCUUUAGACACAGUUAAUAACAAUUCGUUAGACAAUACGAUAUAGUACUAUCAUAAAGAAAGCAUAGGUAAAAGACUGUAGGAAAUGGCAAAUUUAGAAGAAAAUGAAGAGAUAGAGCAAAAAAAGCCAGAAAAAAAGAAUGUUGCCAUUAAUACAUAUCUAGAUAUUGAAAAAGGGAAAAUUAGAUAUAUGAGGAAAACACUAAAUGGUUUUUUCAAAACUAAAAAGCUCAAAGUAAAGUUGAAAUGA